AUGGCCCGCUUUCAGGCUCUCGAUUCCUCCAGGCUCGACUCAUCCGACCUUUUCCGCUUCGACACCCUCGCUCUGCGCGAUGACAUUCUGCUGAUUGACGGCCGGACGGCCUCCAAGGUAGAAUACGACGAGUAUGUUGUCUUCAAGAAGGAUAGCACAGCACCCUCGGGGCUAGCUCCGGAUGACGAGGGCGGAGACGAUGUCAGCUUCAAGCUGAACCACGAUGAAGAAAGGCCAGGGUACCAGAUGCUAGACCUGGCCUUCCGUCGCGGAUGGGUGGUAGAUCACAACGGCGACUUUACCCAAGACCCAGCUCGCGAUCCCGCGCUCGUCUUGGACGGCCGCGUGAGAAGAGUCAUCUGCUUCCGCCGCAACAAGUCCUUCGACCGGCGAGAAGACGGCAUCACCAUGACUCCCCAAGACAUGGACGCACUGGACCUUCACCCAGCAACCCUUCAAUACUCUCGUCGCGUCACGAAUGAGUCCCGCUUCUGGUCCCUCGACCAGAAUAAACUUAGCCUCAUCCUCUCCUUCUCCAACAAUCCACGGACACCAUACGACUUUAUGUCACUGACCUACGACAUCCGGGACCGCCUCACAACGGUCCUCGUCAGACAGUCCUUCUACCCCCGCCAACACAACCUGGAGAACCUCGACGAAUACGACCAGCGCCUCGAAGCCUGUCGAGCCCACUGGGCCCACCCCUUCAUCACCCCCGUCGUCCUCCUCCAAGUGCAGUUCAUGCGCACCGAAGAAGCCGUCAUGGAGAACAUCAGCCACGUCAGAUCCUUGGAGUUCGAAGUUAGCAACAUCGCCGGGUUCGAAGCCUUCGAGAUAGAACGCGAGCGGAGAUCGAAACUCAUUCGCCGGUUGACCUCAACUUUCAACGCCAACAACGAGAAGACGCCCACGGUCGCGGGCCCAAUGAGCAUGGCGAACCUCAUGAAGAGCGCCCAUGACGUGCUCAAAGAGUCCAUCAAGCUGUUGGAUACCGUCCGUUGGAUGGAGAGGGUCGUAAAGCUGAUGCUGCAGUCGGGAGAUGAGCUCGCGCAGCGCAUGUCGACUGGGAAGCUGAACGUACGUCUGAAUGAUCUCAGCGCAAAGGAUUUCAUGGACGAUGAGCGGGACCGGCAAGAUCAGCAGGACCAGAACGAUGAACCCCCGACCGGACCGCCGUCGCGGUCUUCUGCGAGCACGCGGCGAAGGUCUUUACCACCGGCCCCUGACCCGCUGGCCGACCCUCUCGGCAAUCACUGGCAUGAGAUUCGACAAUAUCUCGAGGGUCUCCAAAGAAUGUGCAUGGGCCUGGAAACGGACCGCCGCAUGUCCGAGGCCCGUUGCCGCGCCCAGAUCGAUAUUAUCUAUUCCAAGAUGGCUCAAGAAGACAACGUCCUCAACGCCCGCAUGGCCGUCGCCUCCUCCCGCGACUCCUCCUCAAUGAAAGCCCUCGCUGUUAUCACCGCAAUUUUCCUCCCCGGCGAGUUUCUCGGCACCCUCUUCGGCAUGUCCAUGUUCGACUGGCAAGCCUCGGGCGAAGACGCGGACGGCACCGACGGGAACCCAGAAUCCGGUUCCACGAACCCGAAAGACCCGAUCCCCGUACUCAGCCAUCUCUUCUGGGUCUACUGGGCCACCGUGAUCCCCCUCACCGUCGGCAUCUUGUUCGCGUGGCGCGCCUGGUGGGUAUCGCAGGAUCGCUACUUCAGGCGGCAUCUCUCGAGGGAGCUCUCGGAGGAGCGGUACUGGACGUCCGACGGCAAGCCGAGGGAGCUGGAACACUCUUUCUGGCACGACUUCUUCUACUUGUCGGUCAGGCGAGACGAGAGGCCUGCUGCGACGGGAGAUCCGUACAGCACGCUCGACCUGUCGCCGAGUCUGUCGCAGGACAAGGAUGACAUGCGCUCGCCUCGCGAGGCGACGGUGAGGAGGGGCCAGAUCUCGUUCCUGAGGUCGCAGAGUCUGCGGCAGCGGAACCAUGUGGCUGUGUGA